AUGUGCAAACUGACAAUCGUACCAAGUGAAGGCUCCGUCUCCUCGGAAGAACGAACGGCCUUACUCGGCCAGAAGGGCGUGAUAAUUUGGUUGACGCGCCUCAGUGCGAGUGGGAAGUCAACCAUCGCAUGUGCACUGGAACAGCAUCUCCUCCACCUGCACAAAAACUCUUACCGCUUGGAUGGCGACAAUGUCCGAUUUGGCUUGAACAAAGAUCAAGAAAUGCGAACAUCCAUCUCUAAAAUAUUCGCCAACUCUGCAUCCAUCACUAUCACGGCCUUCAUCUCGCCGUACCACAUCCAUGAAAAGGCAUUGUUUCCCUUUGUCGAGGUGUUUGUUGAUGCACCUCUCCAUGUCGUCGAACAGUGCGACCCAAAGAGCCUGUACAAGAAAGCCCGUGCGGAGUUCAUGGGCAUAUCUGCCCCGUAUGAAGCUCCAGAGAACCCAGAAAUCCACAUUGAUACAUUGGUUACGGAUGUUGUGGAGAGCGUCCGGAUAAUCACUGAUUCUUUGAUGAGUAAAGGGUAUAUUUCCGUGUAGGACGAGAAAGGCUUCUAUAAACUACAUAGACAAGUGUGUAUCAUUGAGCCAGUGGGCAAAAAGUUACU